AUGAUUAAAAAACAAAUAGAUAAUAAAAAAGGGAAAGGGAGCAAAAACAGUUUCUCCUGUUUUCAACACACAUUCUUUCUUCGUUGUCUUAACUACAGAGAUGGGGGUCAAAAGGAUGGAAAGAAGGUGAGGAGAAAACUGCCGCCCAUUCCUGCAGGCGAGGAUCCCGUACUGGUACCCAAGUCAAAGGGCAGGCGCGGGAAGCCUUCAGUGAAGAGGGAGGACGAAGUCGACCGUGAUGAUUUGUCCGGCAUCACAGUUGGCUCUGGCGCUAGGGUAAUCGUUAGUAGUUCCUACCAGGGACUGGCCGGGGCACCGGAUGGAGAGUUUAUCGUUGGGCCCAGCAACAGAACGAACCGAACUCCUGUGGUGAGGGACAGCGAUGAUUCUAUGAAUGAGGACGAUAUGGAAGUGGCAAGGCUGACCACCCCUCGAGGCGAGUCGACCUCCCCGAAGAGGAAAGGUCACUUAGGGGAUGCGGGCAAGUCGAAAAGUUUGGACUCGGUCGAGCCGCCGAGACAAAGGGGUGAGAAGCCCGAGGUUAAUAACAAAGCGAAGCCACCGAUGCAGAGAACGGCGUCGCUUGGACACGGGCCUAAGGACGAGACGGAUGAGAUUAUCGAUGAACUAAUCAACAUCUACGGCAUUCCCUGCACCGAGGCGAUGAAAUGUCUCAAGAAAAGACUACAAGAAGAACUGAGAAGGGUGACAAAGGAUCGGAAAAGAAAACUCGAAGAACUGGAAGAAAUCCGAGCUCUUCAAAUGCAGAUAGGUGCCCUAAAGUUAGAGUCUGACAGCUACGCCAGGAGUAGGGCUUUUAUUGGCAAGCGAUCCCCUGCACAGAACGAGCCGCAACAGCAAGAGAGCCGGAAGAGAAGCGGAGGCCCCAGUUCCUCAUCAUCCUUGACCCCGAGGUCAUCACCUCAGGUGACCCCACGACGCCAGCGCCACAAACGACAAUCGUCAGACCCGAUGAUCUCGAAAUUCUCUCCGAUCAAAGAAGAUCGCGAUAUAGAGUCAGAUUUCCAGAACAGAUUGUAUGAACCGUCGGACAGUCGGUCUUCUCGAUACCCUGCCACCGACGACAGCUCCCAGUCUGGAGUAAGUGACACGGAGAGCACUCGCUCGGAACCAGUCCGUGAUCCGCGAUAUAGCAAAAUCAAACCGGCAGACUACGCAAGGAUUUUCUAUAAUCAAAAAGGAGGUCCUGGGGGAUCAGCGGAGAGGCUUCAGUACAGCGACUAUGAGCAGUCUAGGUACGACAGAGCGCAGACACUGUCAGGAAGCCGAUCAGAACAACAGCUUUCCUCCAGCUCGAGAGCGUCUGUUUUCUACUCCGAUGACGAGGAGUCAAAAGUCAGAGAGGAGAAGAAAGCUCUUCUUCAGUACGAGAUCAUGAAGAGGAAGCAGCAGCUGGAGGAGACUGCUCGCCUCAAGACUGAGUUACUUAAGUUAGCUCGGGCUCGUCAGAGUUUGGCUCAUAGCUAUGACGACAUACCGCGUCAGUAUCCAAGUCCGGCCGCCUCCCACAGACCGGUGGCGAGAGGAAUCAUCAAGCCGAUUGACGACGAAGCCCAGUACAUGUACGACCUGAGAUCAUCAGACAAUAUCGCAUCUCGCUCUCGGGAGCACUCUCGCGAACGCUCGAGAGAAAGAUCCCGAGAAAGAUCACGAGAGCGUCUCGGAGAGAGCAGAGAUAUGGACGACUCCCUCGACAGCAUCGUUCUUCCAGAGCACCGGAGCAGAGACCCCAACAGGCACCAUCGCCACCACCACCACAAUCAAAAACACCACUCCCCUCUUCCUGCUGCUCACCAUCACCACCACCACCAUCAUCACCACCACCACCAACCGCCCGCUCCUCAAGAUCCUAAAGUGAUAUCCAACUACAGCUCCACGGAAUACCUCGCCCACAAGCAAGAAUCCCGGCGAUAUAUUGACGACACGAACCAGUACGGUUCGCAGGGUUGGAUCGGCGCUGACUUCCCGGGAGACGGCAUGGCGUCAGGACAGGCGUACUCCCAGCCCAGUCUCAGCAAGAGAGACGGUUCGUCUCAGUCGUUGGCCGCGGCGCGCAGGGAAGCUGCCAAGAAAGAGGCAGGUAUCUCUUCCAGCGUCACCCUGCCCAACAUCUACGCCAAUCGUGGAGACAGGGACUUCCGGCCGCCUUACAGAGACGCCUCCUACAUCAGCACCAGUAUCUCCGACACGGACGGAAGCCCGGCCAGUGACAUCACCCCCGCCAUGCCACUCCUGGAUGACGUGAAGACAAAGUCCCGAACUAUCAUACGUAACAUCGGCAGUGGGAGCAGGCCAGUGUCGGCGGAGUUCAGCGCCGGAGAAGUUGAAGAUUUGCUGAACGCCAUGUACCGAGUUGAGAGUGACAACAGCGUGGACGCCGAUGAACCAAUCAUGAAGCACAUGACAGAAGGGGGCGUGACAAUUCUCAAGCAGAUUGACAGGAAGAGAAGGGUCAAAUCAUGUACUUUUAAUGAUUGUUCUGACCCAGAAUGCCUUGCUGUUUCCGCAGGGAGCGGUCUCGGAAUGAAGAUUGUUGGCGGUAAGGAGAUCCCAGGUUCCGGUCAGAUCGGAGCCUACGUUACAGCCAUCUACCCCAUCAUUGCUGACCAGCUGCAUGGAGAGCAAACUGUGCCCGUGUCUUUGGCGGAUCUGGCUGGACAGCCGGACAGUUGUCGUUCGUCUUAUGACAACCUGGUACUUCCGUCGUACGAGGAUGCAGUGAAGGAGCCUCCCCACCUGAGCACGAGACACAGACCCCAAGCGGGACCUCCGAGCGGGUCGGCGAGACAGGGUGUGGACCCCCGUCAACUUGCUGCACAGCUGGAGGGGAUUCGCGAGGCUGGCUCGCCUGCUGAGAACUCGCCUAGCUCCUCCCACCCCGAUGUAGCCACGCCCUCUGUGUCCUCGCCCUGUAGUACGCCUAGGUCGGACCCGACUAGCACCUCCUCUGAUAGACAGCAGAGGCCGCCUUCUGCCUCCUCCCACGCCCCCGGAGGUGCGGACAGAGGAGAUAGGAAUGAUGAUGGUGAUGAUGAUGAUGAUGAUGAUGAUGAUGAUGAUGAUGAUGAUGAUGAUGAUGAUUACGGUAACAAAUCAAUAUUUCCUUUUCCCCAGCUUCAGAUAAGCCAUGACGAUUUCGACAACACUCUCAAUGUCCACGUCAUUCAAGCCAGGAACCUGAGACCACGUGAUCUGAACGGCCUAUCGGAUCCUUUCGUCAAGCUGUAUCUCCUACCUGGAAGAGGGCCCGAGAACAAGCGUCGCACAAAGCACAUCGCCCGGACCUUGAACCCUGAGUGGCACCAGACGGUCAUGUUCCAAGACGUAGCUCGCCUGGAGUUACAGAACAAAGUACUCGAGAUAACCGUCUGGGACUACGACCGUUUCAAAGCCAACGACUUUCUGGGAGAGCUCAUUAUCGAGCUCAGGGAAUUCGCUUUCUUGGACAACAAACCUCAUUGGUACCCCCUGAAGGAGCACGUGACUAUGCAGAGCUUUGAGCUACCCAAGUCCACAGUGGCGCCCCCCAAACCGGCGGGAGAAAACAACGGAAGGCCAAAGUCAAGGUCACCAAGACAUGGGAAGAAGCAUGGCGUCUCUUCUUUGGUAUGAUGUUGCCCGUGUAAAAUCAUAACUUAUAU